AUGAAGUUCACUGGGUUGACCGUUUCACUCGCCCUGGUUGGCUUGAGCUACUCUGCGGCUCUUCCCAGCCUCGGCAAUGUCGAGGGUACCGUUGCUACCAUUGAGGGUGCUGUUGGUGGUGUCACAGGUUCCGCUGCUAGCAUUGUUGCGCCUAUCACCUCCACCGCUGGCGGCCUGACCGGCUCCCUCAAACGUGACGAUACUACUGCCAUUGGCCAGACUGUCGACACUAUUCCCAGCCUUGCCAACAGUGCUGUUACCAUUGCUGGUAGUGCUGUCGGUACCGGCGAAAGCCUUGUCUCUGGUGCCGCUAGUACUGCCGAGAACGCCGUUACCCGUUCCGGUUCGACCACGAAGCGUCAACUCAACGACCUCGUUGGUAGCACUCUCGGGAGUGCCGUUCCCGCCAUUAUCCAGGAAACCAAAGCUGGAGGCAUGACUGGUACCCUCAAGCGUGAUGGAAUUGCCCCGCUUGGGAAGGCCAUCGAGACCAUUCCCAAUCUUGCCAACAGCGGUAUUUCCAUCGCUGGCAGUGCCGUUGGUACCAGUGAAAAUCUUGUCUCUGGCGCCGCUGGCGCCGCAGAAAAUGCUGUUGGUCAUACUUAG